AUGCAAGUAAUAUCAACGCUGACAGGGAUAAUAUUAUACUUUCAGGAUAUCAUAUAUAAUCAUCAGAUCGUAUUGGACGCACAAUUCCAUGGUGCCUUUGCGCGUGAUAUCACUCUAGGACUAGAAUAUCUACACGCAUCACCAAUUGGUUGUCAUGGAUCACUUUCACCAUGGGCAUGUCUGAUCGACCGGAAUUGGGCAGUGCGUUUAACCGAUUAUGGAAUUGCGGAUAGCCUUGAGAGGUGGCAAAAAAUGGGCAUAAUAUCAGUUGAAGCGUUGAGAGAGGACAAUGAGGGUUCAACCAUUGAAAAAAGUGGAUCACAGCAAAAAACAAGUGUUCUGUAUUGUGCGCCGGAGAUGCUUAGAACAAGUGAGUCAAACCGUCGUCGUGGUAUAGAAAAGAAUUGGGUGCAGCAAACGAUGGUGAGAAGACAAGCCGGUGAUAUAUACGGAUUUGGAAUGAUCAUGUACGAGAUACUCUUUCGAUCGUUACCGUUCCCCGAUAAGACCGAUAUCACCGAAAGUAUUACCAUUUUAAAAACUGAUCACCAAAUUGAAUUUUUGAUCAUCGAAUCCAAGUUGCAUAAUUCAACCAUUAAAAACUGUACUUUCAAAGAACUGGUUGAGAAUGUUCGUACCGGCAAAGGGACCUUUCGACCAAGCAUCCAGAAUCGUGAAGGAAUGAAUCCAGACCUAAUGUCGUUGCUGUUAGAUUGCUGGAAUGAGAACCCUGAUGCACGUCCUUCAAUUCACAGGGUCCGCAUAUGCACAGAAACCUAUCUGAAAGUGUUGGUUACCACUGUUGGAUGA